CCCGAGCUAUCGUUUGCUUCACACUGACAUCAUAGCGGAUUACAAUGUCACAUAUUUUGGAAGCAGCACGAGCCUCCGGUUUUACACCCCGCGAGAGAGAAUCGUCGUUUAUAUUCCAGUCAUUUGAAAUAUAAAGUUGCAAUAUUUUUCGCAUUAAACAUUUUUGGGGGAUGGAAUGAUGCAUUCAAGUUAAGGUCUAUGUAACAGAGAGUGGGUCAGGUCAGGGAUGCUGCAGCAUCGGAGGGAAUCUGACUCUCAUGGCCUGUUUUCAUCUGGAGAGAUCUCCGACAAUGACUGUGAGAUGGGGGCAAGUUGUGGAGAAGUUGGCGUAGUGUGUUUGUGUGAGACUGGACCCUGCACACUAUAUUCUGAAGCACACACACAGACACCGGACACACUGAAAUGUGAACACUGUGGGAAAAACAGGGUAGUGAUAACCAGGUACUCAGAGGGAUAUGGCACAGAGGAAGAGUGUGCCCUGUCCGAUCCUCAGGGUGACAGCGAUGCAGACGCUGACAUCGAGGACACAGAUUGCAGACUACAGGAGCCAGGUUCUCUCCAGCGAAUCAGUUCUCGGAGACGGAAGCGACCACGAAUAGCACGGCAGGACACCACGGAGAGUGAGGACGAUGGGGGGAGGAGUCACAGGAGUCACCGCUGGAACCUCAGACUCAGUCCCCACCGGGCUCACAACAGAACCUUACUAGAGGAGAGUGUAUCACAGGUCAGACCGUUAGUGAUCUGUCGGCCCAGUAUCAGAGGAGACGGUCAGGGGCCUCCAAUCGAAGGGCCCAGAACUGGCCCAAAAUGGCUCUGGUUCCUGUGGCCCUCGUCUCUCUCCCUGCCUGUCGUUCUCCUCCUCUCCAUCCCUCUCUCUCUCUCCUUAGUCAUCGUCAUCAUAUCUUUCCUGAUGCCUCGGGCCAGUACUUGACCUCACUUCUCUGUUUUAUUUUAUUCAUUGUAAGAUUUUUCUUGGAUUAAUAUAAUUAUGCUUUAAUCACCUCGCGUCACCACAUCAUGUAGUUAAUUAAUGUGUGUAUACUGUAAACAAAUCAUAUUAGACCAUAAGCCAUAACAGCAUCAGACCAUAAGCCAUAACAGCAUCAGACCAUAAGCCAUAGCAGCAUCAGACCAUAAAUCAUAGCAGCAUCAGACCAUAAGCCAUAGCAGCAUCAGACCAUAAGCCAUAGCAGCAUCAGACCAUAAGCCAUAGCAGCAUCAGACCAUAAGUCAUAGCAGCAUCAGACCAUAAGUCAUAGCAGCAUCAGACCAUAAGCCAUAGCAGCAUCAGACCAUAAGUCAUAGCAGCAUCAGACCAUAAGCCAUAGCAGCAUCAGACCAUAAGCCAUAGCAGCAUCAGACCAUAAGUCAUAGCAGCAUCAGACCAUAAGCCAUAGCAGCAUCAGACCAUAAGUCAUAGCAGCAUCAGACCAUAAGUCAUAGCAGCAUCAGACCAUAAGUCAUAGCAGCAUCAGACCAUAAGCCAUAGCAGCAUCAGACCAUAAGUCAUAGCAGCAUCAGAUCAUAAGUCAUAGCAGCAUCAGAUCAUAAGUCAUAGCAGCAUCAGACCAUAAAUCAUAGCAGCAUCAGACCAUAAGUCAUAGCAGCAUCAUCACCCUUUUCCACAACAAUAUUUCUGAACAGGCAGCUUGUGCUUUUCAUAUCUCUUUCUGUCUCUCCCUCUCUCUCCCACUCAUUUGCAAAAAUAGACCCCUUGGCUUGCUACUUAUGCUGAAGAUGGUGUGAAAUGUGGGUGGCAAAGGGUUUUAGGGUUACACGUGUUUUGUAGGCUCAAUAGAAAUACAUGUAAAUUACCGACCUAUGCAAUCUACUGUUCCUGCUCUGUCUGUCUGUCUGUCUGUCUGUCUGUCUGUCUGUCUGUCUGUCUGUCUGUCUGUCUGUCUGUCUGUCUGUCUGUCUGUCUGUCUGUCUGUCUGUCUGUCUGAUAACUGAAUCCAUGCUCUGUCCCUCUGUCCCCCCCCCCACUCUCUCACCCUCUUGUCUCUGAGGUAUUUAGCCUGUGAAUCCAGGGACCCAUAGAUCUAAAUUACAAUUUGUCCUAAUUUAAUGGAAGCAGGAUUGCACAGACAGCCUACUCUGUGCAAUGGCUCCGUCUCGAACGGCACCCUCGUUGCUAUAUGUAGGGAAUAGGGUGCUAUGUCAUUCAGAGGAGGAAGUUCAUAAACUAGACUGUAACUAGGUAAGACAGAUAAUCCAGUACACGUAAACCUGUAUUGUACUGUAAGUGUUUGGUUAUGAGGGGACCACCUACACCUGCUUGUAAACCAGGUUAUUACAAGUUUUAUGUUUACUGUAUGAAGGAUGUAUUCACCUCCGGCUUAUAAAGUAUGUCUGAAAUCCACUGCUGUGAUCCACUGUAUCUGGGUCAGAGGAGGCUGGUGGAAGGAGAUAUAGGAGGACGGGCUCAUGGUAAUGGCUGGAGUGGAAUAAACCACGUUUGACUCCGUUCCAUUGAUUCCAUUCCAGCCAUUAGAAUGAGCCCUUUCUAUAGCUCCCCACCAGCCUCCAGUGAUCUGGGUGUUAGUUAAUUUACAUUUAUAACCCCAAAAAAUUAUCACAAUGUAUGUUAAUCUUUAUGCUUCAUUGGGGCCACAGUAAUCAAAUAAAGCUAUAUUGUAUUU